AUGGCUGUGUUUUGUGUUUUGGCUUUGCUUUGUUUCUUCUCCGGUCACCAUAUAUGGAGGAAAACCACAACGGUUUGUGGUGUCGUUAAUUUGCCUCCCCGGCGAGUUAAGACUUCGGCAACCGUGGGUGGUCAUCAUCCUAUCUCUGGUCCAAAUAUUUUCUCGGUUUUAAACCGAAGACUUUUCCACAUGGGCGCCGGCAAUGCAACCACCGCUUCACCUCUCCAAAUUACUAUCGUCUUCUUUAUAUUGUGCUCUUCCUUGAACUCCUCACCGAAAAAUAUGGAGAAGANGAUUUUCAAGUUUUGCUUUACUGUCGGCUCUUUCUUCACCUUCGAAUAUAUUCCGGCACGGCGGAACCAUGAAUCAAGAUCCGGUGGAUCUAGAAACAUCUCGGGUGCUUUUCGCAGAACCAUCUUCUCCGGUGUGGUUUCAAUCUACGGCGGUGUGGUUUCAAUCUACGUCGAUGGAGACGGAGCCGUAACCACCUAA